CCGGCGGCCCUGACUCCUCCGUUACCCCCUCUUCCGGUACCGGCGUAGGACAGGCCGGGCGGAGCGUGGUGUUGCCUAGGGAACGAGUUACCACCACAAAGGUUUCGGCGCCUGGAGACGUAGCCUCUUGGGGGAGGUAUCUGUUCCUAGGUGUAACCAUGGCUGAGGAGUUUGAAAACUUCGACCCCAUCGGUAACAUCUUAAUCCAGGUCCAUGAAGACCUUUAUCAACUAAAGGAGAAAUUAGCAAAAUUCCCACUUGAGGAAAAAGGAGGAACUCUAGACAUUCAGAGUCUUGAAAAAGCAAUCAAGAGGACUGAAAUGGGGUUAAAAAUUCACAUUGAGAAGUAUUUAAAUAUUGUAAACCAUCAUGUGUCAACUACUCCUGCUAUUGAUGAUAAGUUACAUUUUCCCCACACUUCCAAAUGGUCGCUUCCAACUGUAAUUGAUCAGAAAUUAUUUAUUUUCCCUUUGGAAUCUGAGAAUAAACUUUGGCAACCCCAGAAACAGCGCAGUAUAUUUCCGCAUGCCUCUCGGAGAACAAAGCGAAAGAUAGGGUUGAAUGUAAAAAUCAUGCAGGAUCCUGAGAACGCCCACCACAGAGCAGCUGUAAAUGCGCACUAUGGAAUCAGUUUGCCAUAUAUUAAUCAGAGAAAAGCAUCUGUGAAGGUUCAGAAGUUAGUACAAGGGGCCACUGUCAGCAACCUCACAGUUCUGCCGGCUUCUCAUCGCACGGAUCCCUAUUUCACCCCCAUACCAGUCUUACAAGAGGAUGCCAGCAGAGGGAUUUUAAGUAUGCUAGAACGAGGACUGAUUCCACCAAAAGCAAGCAUUACCUUUCAGAAUCCACCCAUUCUACCCAGAGCAGCUCCUCUGCACAGUAUUGAUGAAACACAUACAAUUCCCACUCCUGGUAAGACAGUCUGGCCGGUAUGCUUUGUUGGGGAUGCACAGGCGAAAGGCAGAAGGUCAAGAGUACAUCAGGAGAAGAAGUCCCUGAGAAUCUCAUCAACUUCUGAAGCUCAGAAAUCACCUUGGGAUUAUGACUUUUUCAUUUAUAACGGCGUCAUAAACAAGACAGACCCGGACUUCUUAGCAUUCAAGGCAUGCUUUAGUUCAUCCUGGGGAAGUACUCUCUCUCUCUUAGAACACAUUGAGAAGUUUCUCAGGGACUAUGCAAUACCAGAAGUCAAAAUAAAAGGGAACAAUUUAGUAGCCCUCCUUCCAGAAUUUGAGCUGAAGAAUAAACUUACCAAGACUGACCUUCUCUCAGUGGUAGAGAACCCGGUUCCCAUCCAAAACAUAAUAAACGUCCCUGGGCAAAGGUACAAGGGCCAAGGUGGAAAGAUAAAGGCUAUCAGCAAGAUCCAAGCCACAUGGAAAUGCUACAAGGCCAGAAAAUUCUUCCUGACGUAUCGCCAGCAGAAGUGGGCGUCAGGUGUGAUCGCCAUCACGUGGCUGCUGCACUGCCAUAAGUCUCGAAUAAAGAAGAUCCUGCAGGAGGCACGUGAGAGACACCUGCAGAAUUUCCGCCUUCGAGCCAAGCAUCUGGCAGCCAACUGGAAUCGCAUCAGGACCUCCAGGAGGACUAUUAUCCAUAUCCCAUCAUUAGGAUAUUCCCAGCCCGUGCGACAAAAUAUUGCUGACUUCGACACACAGCAGAACAUGCAGCUGGGGCGGCUGUGUGACAUCUUAGAUGAAAAUGUGAGCGUCAUCUACAUCUGCUCCCAUCAAAUGAAUGAUGAGUUACUGCUGUAUUACAAUAAAAUCCUCAGUCUGCAGGCAGCUGUCAAAUCAGGAAACCUGGAGGACAGAAGUGACCUGCAGGACAGGUUCAAAAUCAUCACCCCUGAAGCUAUAAAGAUCUUCACUAAGCACCACAUGUGCCUGGCCACUCACCUCAUGUACAGUCCCAAGGCAAUCAAAAGAAUAAAAAACCUCAUCCAAGGACAAGAGGCCUACAUAGUCAGCGGGCUCCUCCACAGAGAUGACCUGGCCGUGGCGGAUAUGUUAGAGGUUCCCAUCCUGGGCCCAGAGCCUGAACUAGCUCACCUUUACAGCGCCAAGUCUGGAAGCAAACGGGUCUUCGCCAGUGCCAAUGUGCCGGUCCCUCCCGGGAUAAGUGACAUCUACAAUCAACAGCAGAUGAUCGAACAGCUGAGUCGGCUGGUCGCCGACCACCUGGGAAUCCGACGCUGGCUCUUUAAAAUGGACUAUGAGUUUGGAGGAAACGGGACCGCAUUUUGUGACAUUCUUUCCCACCUCAAGUGCCGCAAGUGGGUCCUGAAGGAGAGCAGCAGAUACAGCCGCAGAGACUGGAACAAGAAAUGGGCACAGGAGCCAGCUUUGGUGAAGAUCUCCGAGGAGCUGGCGGGCAUUUUAGCACAGCACGCUCAGCCAGUCAAUGAGAAACGCUUCCCGACGUGGAGGAAAUUCCUCCACACAUUUCUCAGUCAAGGAGGUGUGGUGGAAGCUUACCCACCUGCAGAAAGCAUCACCAACCUGACAGUGGACAUGCUGAUAGAGCCCAAUGGAGAAAUCAGGGUGCUGUCCACAGGGGACCAGUUUCAUGCGGAAGGCCCCUUCAUCUCCUCUGGUACCACCGUGCCUCAGACCUCCGUGGAUCCCCAAGUUCUCGUUUCUUUGUGCCACCGGAUUGGAAACGCUUGUAAAAUGAGAAAUGUGAUUGGUUACUUGUCUGUAGACCUGGUGACCUUUAUUGAUCCAAGAACCAUGGAACAGCAGGUGUGGGCAACAGGCCUCGACCUCUCCUACAGUGACCAGCUGGCCCUGACUCAGCUCACCUUAUACCUGACCGAUGGCCACCUGGACUGCAGUUUUAGCUCCCUCACAGUGCCCCGCCCGGUUCUCGAGAAAGAGAAGAAAACGAACCGUCUGGAUGCCCUGUCGGUGCCGUCGCAGGCCGCCCAUCGCUACGCAGUGAUGACCACCCAGCUGAGGCACAACCAUCUCUCGCUGUUUUUCCACUACGUUUUUCUCCAGAUGUGUAAGGCCCAUGGCAUCGGCUAUGACAUCGAGGACAAACAAGGAACAGUUUUUAUACUAUACGAACACCUGAAGAGGGACAGGCUGGGAAUAUUAACAAUCGGUGAGGAUCUCCAGGGGGUCCUCAUGACCUUUGCUCGCAAUCUCUUCAUCAUCCAUCAAGAAAUAUCAGCACCUAAUAUGCAAGGCGAGACCAAUUUUAAGACCACCAUUAACGACAUUGAAGUCAUUCUAGGAGUAACAGAGGAAAACAAACAGAGAUUUGAAGAACAGCUACGGUCCAAAGAGGGUUUAAAAAAGAAAAGCUCUCUAAUCCUGAUAGGUGAAUGAUCCUGGAAUACAUUACUGAUUUUGGAUUCCAAUCUGGAGCCAAGAAAAGACAACAUUUCUUUUACUGUUAGGAAUAAAAGAGGUGAAGAGAAAAAGUUAGUUUGCUUUGUUUGCUAAGAGGUAUAUCAGAACAGAUUAUAAUGUAAUGCUCUGUUUUAAAAAAAAUUGUUUAUUUCACUUAUUAAACCAAAACCUAUUUGCAUUUUCACUUAAGAGUAUUGAACAAUCUCUUCCUCUUCCCAGACUCUGGGAAAAAAUAACUAACAAGAAAUGUACAAUUUUACUGAUAUCACUUCUGUAUCUACCUCUUCCUAAAUUUCAAGAUAAUGGAGAUUUUGUUUUUAAAGCUUUAUAAAGUUUUCUCCUCCUAUUUCUAAUAGUAAUUUGUCUUCUGCACAUAAAAAAUUAAAUAAAAGCUUAAUCAUUGAUAUUUGCCAAAACAAAAACAUCUUUUCUAAAAGAAAAUUACAUUUGUAUAGAUUUUUAAAGAGACCCUUUAUCAUUCAUUGUACCAAAUGAAUUUGUAUUUUUAUUGUACCAAACCACUAUUGUUUAUUGUUGCUAUUUUUCAAAAAAUUAAGGCAAGCCAAUACUUAGUUAACUAAAGCAUCAGAAUUUGUCUAGGGGGCAGUAUCUGCUCUUAGUUUAAGAUGCAGUGUAACUCGAGCCCUGCAGCUUGAACAAACAUUUGUAUCCUCUCCUUCUCCACUGAACACAGCAGCAGGAUUUUUACAAGCUUAGUUCAACAGCACCUUUAAAGGGCGAAUUGUUAAAAGUAUGCAGUGCUGACAUUAACUCUCAGCAUUUGCUUUACAGUUGUGCAAAAUAUUUACUCAUCAUCCAGCUUUAACAAAAAGAGAAAGAAGCAAGUGUCAGCAGCAACAUUACAUAGUUGUUUUAAAGAAUGAUAUCUUUAUAAAUAUUGGAGUAUGCUGGGGAAAGAAGGGGUAUUCUUUACUUAUGGAAUUUCCAUAAUUUUUCAACUAUGCCUCAGCCACA